UAUAAUAUUUUCGAAAAUUUUGCAAGCAGCCCAACUCUGCCACUUUUUGGUUACAAGCUUGCUCUGGUAGUAUUGUAUCUAUAUACAUAGGUAGAUCUGCACACGGACACACGAACGGUCGCGGUGACGCGCAAACGACGCAGACGCAAACGGAGAGCGAAGAAAGAGACAGCAGUGGCGGCGGCAGUUACUAGUGCAGCGCCUAUCAUCUAUAUGCGGCAGCCAGCCAGCGUACACACACACAGGACGACACGGCGACGACGAGGACCGACCAGCGACGCGGACGAGGACGGGAUUGCGAAUUGCGACAGGAGAGAGACACGAGUUUUGUUUUCUGUUUGUUCUCAUCACCGUAGAAAAGAGUGGAAAACAGGCGGACGCAAAGACUACAAGCGGCGAAGUGUGAAUUGUUUGUUUUAUUUGCUGCGAACGGAACUCGGCUCGGUGCAAGUGUUAGGACUGUGAAGCGUCAGCGGACAUUACAGCUAGUGCGAAGAGGCUACAGGACUACCGACUCGCAUGACAUUCAAGAGAUAACUAGUGCAAGAAAAAGGUCGCCUGCGGUUGAAAGACACAUAAGACUAUAUAUCUGGUCACGGUGGGUAUUCAGCAACUGCCAACGCGCGCUCUCGAGCUCAUUUCAACGUAUCUCUACUACGUAUGUACCUACUACCUACACACACACAGACUGACGACUGCCUCUACUCGACCCCUUUGUGAUGCGUUGAGAAAGUGCUCUGCGCCGAGGGAAUAUGUGGUGAUAUGCGGCGAUCAUCGCCGAGUGUGUCUGGGAUGACUGCUGAGCUGAGUUUGUGUGUUUGAAGUCUGAUAAUUGUUGAGGUAAAAUGGCCACUUUAGCUGAACAGGCAUCCAAGCUUCUGGAUUUCAAUCAGAAGUUGGAUAUAACAUUGUUGGAUAACAUUGUUGGGUGUAUGUAUGCGGGUGUAGGCGAACAACAGAGAGUUGCACAAGAGGUGUUGACCACUCUCAAAGAGCAUCCGGAUGCAUGGACACGGGUUGAUACAAUUCUAGAAUUUUCUCAGAAUCAACAAACUAAAUAUUAUGCUUUACAAAUUUUGGAGCAAGUUAUAAAAACUAGAUGGAAAGUCUUACCUAGGAAUCAGUGUGAAGGUAUAAAGAAGUAUAUUGUUGGGUUAAUUAUAAAAACAAGCAGUGAUCCUGAAACAUUGGAGGCUUCCAAAGUUUACCUCAACAAAUUGAAUAUGAUUCUUGUCCAGGUAUUAAAAAGGGAAUGGCCCAGAAAUUGGGAAUCAUUUAUCGGUGAUAUUGUUGGUGCAAGUAAAACUAAUGAGAGUCUCUGUCAGAACAACAUGGCUAUUUUAAAACUUUUGUCAGAAGAAGUGUUCGAUUUUUCAAGUGGUCAAAUGACUCAAACUAAAGCAAAGCAUUUAAAAGAUACAAUGUGCAGUGAAUUUUCGCAAAUUUUCCAACUCUGUCAGUUUGUUAUGGAUAAUUCACAAAACGUUCCCCUUGUAGCAGUAACAUUAGAAACUCUCCUAAGAUUUCUAAAUUGGAUUCCUUUAGGAUACAUUUUUGAAACCAAAUUGAUCAACAUUUUGAUAUUCAAAUUUUUGAAUGUUCCGAUAUUUAGAAACGUAACGUUAAAAUGCUUAACUGAAAUUGCUGCAGUUACAGUACCCAAUUACGACGACAUGUUCAUUGUACUGUUUGUUAACACCAUGCAACAAUUGGAGCAAAUGUUACCUAUAGAGACAAACAUUCGUGAUGCCUAUGCAGUUGGUCAAGAUCAAGAGCAAAACUUUAUACAAAAUCUUGCCAUGUUUCUCUGCACAUAUCUCAAGGAACACGGUGCUCUAGUAGAGAAGAAGCAAUUAAAUGACACACUAAUCAAGGCGCUACACUACCUCCUGUUGAUUUCAGCGGUCGAGGAAGUGGAAAUCUUUAAGAUCUGUUUGGAAUAUUGGAAUCAAUUGUCCUCUGAUCUUUACAGAGAAAAUCCAUUUGUUGCUUACAAAGCUGUAGCAAUGCCGCCACGAAGACUGUUUUAUUCUCAAGUUUUAACUAAAGUUCGUUACAUUAUGAUCAGUAGAAUGGCUAAGCCAGAAGAAGUACUUGUUGUUGAAAAUGAAAAUGGUGAAGUUGUUAGAGAGUUCAUGAAAGAUACGGACUCCAUUAAUUUGUACAAAAAUAUGCGAGAAACUUUGGUAUACCUGACUCAUCUUGAUUACGUUGACACAGAAAAAGUUAUGACUGAAAAACUACAGAAUCAAGUAAAUGGUAGCGAAUGGUCUUGGAAGAAUCUCAAUACAUUGUGUUGGGCGAUUGGUAGUAUCUCUGGUGCGAUGCAUGAAGAAGAUGAGAAGCGAUUUUUGGUUACUGUAAUCAAAGACUUGCUUGGGCUUUGCGAGCAAAAGAAGGGAAAAGACAACAAGGCAAUCAUAGCCAGUAACAUUAUGUACGUUGUUGGCCAGUAUCCAAGAUUUUUAAGGGCACAUUGGAAGUUUUUGAAGACAGUUGUAAAUAAGUUAUUUGAAUUUAUGCAUGAAACCCACGAAGGUGUACAAGACAUGGCAUGUGACACUUUUAUCAAAAUUGCAUUAAAGUGUCGACGACAUUUUGUAACUGUACAACUUGGCGAAGCCGUGCCAUUUAUCGAAGAAAUUUUGUCAACGAUAAGUAGUAUCAUCUGUGAUCUUCAAACGCAGCAGGUACAUACCUUUUACGAAGCUGUUGGAUAUAUGAUCAAUGCACAAAUUGACGCUGUAAUGCAAGAACAUCUGAUUGAGAAAUACAUGCUCCUUCCCAAUCAAGUUUGGGACGAUAUCAUAAGCCAGGCAGCCAAGAAUGUUGAAGUUUUAAAGGAUCCAGAGGCUGUCAAACAGCUUGCAAGUAUACUCAAAACUAACGUUCGCGCCUGCAAAGCUCUUGGACAUCCUUACGUGAUACAAUUGGGAAGAAUAUAUCUUGACAUGCUGAAUGUGUACAAGGUAAUGAGUGAAAAUAUUAGCGCUGCGAUAACUGUGAAUGGUGAAAUGGUUAUGAAGCAGCCCCUCAUCAAAAGUAUGAGAGUUGUUAAAAAAGAAACAUUAAAACUCAUUGCUGAUUGGAUUAAUAGGUCUACUGACCAUCAAAUGGUCUUAGAAAAUUUUAUACCACACUUGCUAGAUGCCGUUUUAAUGGAUUAUCAAAAAACAAACAUUGCAUGUGCCAGAGAGCCCGAAGUGCUCAGUGCAAUGUCUACAAUAGUAAAUAAACUUGAAGGACAUAUCACCAGUGAGGUACCGAAAAUUUUCGACGCUGUAUUCAAGUGCACUCUUGACAUGAUUAACAAAGACUUUGAAGAGUUUCCCGAACAUAGGACCAACUUCUUUUUACUUCUGCAGGCAGUGAAUGUCCACUGUUUUCCGGCAUGUCUUUCAAUACAACCAGUCCAGUUCAAACUGGUUCUGGAUUCGGUUAUUUGGGCUUUCAAGCAUACAAUGAGGAAUGUCGCUGACACUGGCCUGCAAAUUCUGUACCAACUGUUCAGAAACAUGGAAAAGCACGACGAAGCUGCUCAAAGCUUUUACAAGACUUAUUUCACCGACAUCCUACAACACAUAUUCAGCGUAGUUACCGAUACGUCUCACACAGCAGGGUUAACAAUGCACGCCACUAUUCUGGCAUACAUGUUCUCAUUAGUUGAAUCAGGAUCGAUCAAAGUGAUGCUUGGGCCCAUACCAGACAAUGUCUUAUACAUUCAAGAAUUUGUUGCAAGUCUGUUAAAAGCGGCUUUUCCCCAUUUGACAGACAAUCAAAUCAAGAUUACUGUGCAGGGUCUUUUCAAUUUGGACCAUAAUAUUCCAGCCUUCAAGGAACACUUAAGAGAUUUCUUAGUUCAGAUUAGAGAAUACACCGGCGAAGACGAUUCAGAUCUGUAUUUGGAAGAACGAGAGAACGCUCUGCUAAUGGCACAAGAAGAGAAGAGGCGGCAACAAAUGGCCGUUCCUGGCAUUAUCAAUCCUCAUGAGAUGCCCGAAGAAAUGCAGGAUUGAACUACACGCCCGUAAGACCUUACGAAGUUGAUCUGCACAUCAAAACAAAGGACGCUCUACUGUAGGUACUAUCGUUUUUAUUUGCCUGCAAUCGAUCUUAACGUCACUAUCGAGUACGCGAAUCUACGACACUGGACACGUUCAUAUAAACACAAGAAACCGAAUAAAAAUAAUGAAACAAGUGUAAAAUAUAACUAUUUGCCUAUUGUUGCAAGGGCAAAAUCAAUAAAUGCGAUGACUGUUUGUUUAUCUGUUAUAGGAUUUUAAAAAUGAAAAUGGAGUUUUUGUUGUGAGUAAAAAUGUGGAAGCCUGCUUGGCGAUGCUAUUUCGUGUUCAUUUACGAUUCGAUUGUGUUCUCGCGCAAAAAUGUGAGUAUCAGCAAACCGUAAUAUACGAACGAAUUGUAAAUUACAAAAACAAAAUUAAGACUAACGUUUAUCUGUGGAAUGAAUAAAGAAGGAGAAUUUAUGAUUUGUGGAAUACUUAUUGAUUUUGUUAUCGCAAUAUGUACUGAUUUUCACUCAUGACUAAAAACAGCUUCAAUGUUAUACUUUACAUUUCUUUAGUGUUACUCCAAAGUUGAAUAUGAUAAUGAGAGCGGCAGUCUGAUACGUGCAUUUUUUUCAUUUUUUUAACAUUGCAAAGCUAGAAGAAUAUGUCAAGCUGAUUGGCGUCAUUUUUGAGUAAACAUUUGGGCCAAGACCGAACGAAAAUGUAUGUGACGAAGUUAGUACAUUAAAUAGAAUCGCUGUAGCAGGAAUUGAAGCCACGUGCGAGACGAAUAUGUGUGUUUUUAUCCGAGUGAAGUUGUAUUAUAAUAUUUAUAUCAGAGUUAAUUAUAACCACUUCAAGCAAGAUUUUCAUUAGUGAUUUGUAGAUUGAAAUUUCCUGUGGUUAUUAGAUGCUAACGAUUCAAAAAGGAAACCAAGACUUAUCUAAGUCUCAUUUGAUACUACAGUAGAAAAUGAUACAUCAAAUCUGUAACAAUGAAUGGAACAAUUUUUAUAAUAUACAUACUCUUAUAUACAUAUAUAUAUAUACUUACUCUGUUGCAAUAAUAUAAUUUUAUUUUCCAAUCACGAAGCUGUAUUAAAAAGUUGAUCAAAAAACAAAAAAAAAGAAUGUUUUUUGAUUGAAUUACUCAAUUCCAUUCUGUAGUUGGAAAUUAGUGCAUUAAUUAGCAUUGUAGGAACCAUUCAAUUAAUCGGUGAAUAUUUGAUCAAACGAUAUAAUACUUUCUUCACUCAAAAAAGAGCAUACGUAAUUGUUUUUGCAUUUUAGCAAUUAAAAAUCAACUUAAAAUUUUGAAAAAUCAGAUGUUGAGUAUUUUUUCUACAGAUUCAAACAGAUCGGAUAAUCGUUUGGCAAUCUGUCGAAAAUAAAUUAAAUUUCAAUUCUUCAGUGCUAAUGAAUGUUUUGCUGUUAUAAUCUGGUUUUUCAAAGAUUUAUAAUGUCUUUAAUUUAGUCAAUUUAUUUACUACUUCAAAUGUGCAUCGCUGGCGUACGCGUUUGAGAAAUUUAUUAAACAUAUAAAUGUGACGAAAAAAGAGCAUCUGAAAUCCAAAUGAUUUUUGGAGAUAUAGAGCGAAAGAUGAAAAGAGCGAAAGAGAGAGUAUGAACAGAACGAAGUGUCGAAUGAUCAUUACCACGUGGGCUGAAGUGUGUGGGUAGGCGAAAGUCUAAAUAUUUUCUACAAACAAUUACGUGAAAUCCUUUUUAUAAAGUCAAAGAAUAAUAGUAUCGUGAAGUAAGUACCCUUGGUGGAUAUCGCAUCAUCGUGUGAGUCCUUUACGAUUAUAUAUUAACAUCCAAAUAAUCAAAUUGAAGAGCCAACGACAAAGAAUGAAAAUGAUUCGAAAAUUGGUCAAAAGCGAUGACAAACGAAAUGCUGUAGAGAUUGUAUUGAGGAUGAACGAACGUAACAAUUGUAUGUGCGAAUGAGAGUAAUCAGAAAAUUAAUACUGUAAAUGCGAUUCAUUUGUAUGAAAAGUUCAACGUAAAAAGGAGAAAAUAAAUGAAAAAAAAAUAUUCCGAUUACAUAAGUUAUAUUGUAUAAAAACAAUGUUCUGGCUAAAUAAAUGUGAUAAACUAAUGACUUUGUAAACAAACUGUCCAAUGUAAGAGUAAAAAAACAGUGUAAAUCGAAAGCGCCAUAUAUACUCUAAAAAAAUUCACUAUAGCCGAAGCACUAUAUUAAAAGCAACUUACAUCUGACGUUAAGUUUCAGUUAUACGACUAAACAGAUGAUCAGUGUUACCGCGUAUUCUAUGUGAAGGUUUAAAAGUAAAGAUUCAAGAGUAGAGUACUAUUGUAGCGAUCGAUUAUUCAAAAAGGGUAUUUACUGCCGAUAUUAUAUAUUGAGUGAUUAAUAGGGCUUAACUGUUUGAAAGUCUACGUAUGCUCCUGAGCGAUAAAUGUAAGAUGACGGUGACGGCAGAACGACGAAGUAAUAAUUAGUGAAUACCUACAUAAGAGAGUGGAAAGAUAGCAAAGGAGCAAGUCAUACGUGGGUAUGCAAGUGUGUAAGGACGAGUGUAGUUUGUACGAUCCGCGAUGACGAUGUGCAUAUACCGCGCGAUCGUAGUCUGGUGAUUCUUUCAACUGGAGCAAUUGGAGCCAUUACAACAGUUUGUACUAUGCGUCCCAGAUAUCUCCAGUUGACAUGGUAGUGCCCUGUCCGUUCUGUGGCAUCGCCAAGGAACAAACAAAAGAGCGACAGAAAGAGGAAAACAAAUACCUUUUGAUUAUCGAUUGUGCGUCACUUUUUGAUAUAAAGCUGUAUUUAUUUGCAAAUCAAUACAAAUAUUAUCGAUAACACCCAAGUUUUUUCAAUGUUUUUCAUCUUCUCUAUCGCACAUUUUUAUCUAACCGUUUUGUCCAAUUGUAUAAUUAUUAUUAUUUUCUUUUUUUUCCUUUAUUUUUUUUUUACAUAUUAUUUCGAUAUUUUGCGUUCAAAGUUUUGUAUGUGUAAGUUAUCUAGAUCAAUGGGACGCAGGUUUUUAAUUCUAGACCAAUCGAUUAUGCUGAAUAUUUUAGUUAGAUAUUUUGUUUUCAAUAUAGCACUCGCAACAUUAUUUUUCAUUGUCAUUUAUAUUUUUUAUAUUUACGACUGGUGUUUUAAUAUUGAUUUCUCUAGAGAUCUUAUAAUAUUUUCCUUAUGCAUUUUAUGUUUUUGCGUAAGGUGUAUGAUCGUUGUGAAAACUGAAUCUAAAAGGACUAAUUCAAACAAACAUAUUACAGGUUUUUCGAAAGUCGACCAAAUAUUCGACUUGUGAGUUCCUUCUUACGAGGAAAUCAAUACUUUCUUGAUAGAAAAAGCAUUAUAUUACACUUUGAAUACUUAUGGAUUGAUAUAGUACACCGAUAAAAAAUUUCAAAGACCUAAAGCUGUGAGUAGCAUAUUUCUUGAAAAACUGAGUCGUUCGAUAUUACAGACUGGAAUAAGUGAAAGAAAAUUGGCAAGAGCAUAAGUCGAUAUCGAAAAUUGCAAAUUACAAUGGCUAAUUCAAGAAAUCGAGUGUGAUAGUAAAUAGUGUUGGUUUAUAAUGUUUCGCGUUUGUCUGCAUGCGUGAAUGUUUGAAAAGAAAAAUGCGAUCUAAUAGUUAUAUUCAUUACAUCGAUAAAGUAUGUAAAGAGUUUAAUAUUACUUACUAAUAAAAUAUGA